CACUCGCCAGCAGCCUCUCUUCUGGUUACGAUCUCCUAUUCUGUCUCUCCCUCUCUUUUCCCACGUCUUGGCUCUUCUAGUUUCUGUUUUUCAUAUCUUUCAUUGAAGACGCUGCUAAAAUCAUGAAGAUCGUUCUCUUGGCAGCCCUCUUCGGGAUCGCCAUCGCCGACCGCCUGCCCUCCACCAGCUACGGGGCACCUAAUGGCGGAGCUUCCAACGGAUUCGGUGGAGCGAAUGGAGCUCCCAGCAACGGUUACAGCGCACCCAAUGGAAACGGUGCCGCCAAUGGCAAUGGUUUUGGAGGUUCAAAUGGCGCUCCCAGCAAUGGAUACAGUGCACCAAACGGCAACGGAUUUGGAGGCUCAAAUGGUGCCCCUACCAAUGGCUACACUGCUCCUAAUGGUAAUGGCCGUAAUGGAAACGGCUUUGGAGGAUCCAACGGUGCUCCAAGGAACGGCUAUGCUCCCCCAAGUAACACAUACGGAGCCCCUACUACCGGCUAUGGAGUAGACCCUGCUAUUGCUGUUUUGGCUGAGAACAUCCCUGGAGGUGGUGUCCCUGGAGAGGACUACCCUAUCUUGGCCUCUGUUCCUGACACCAGCUUCGACUGCAACGCCCAGAAUGUCCCUGGAUAUUACGCCGACACUGAUGCUGAAGCCGGCUGCCAGGUCUUCCACAUCUGCCAGGACAGGCCCAAUGGACGCCGUCAGCAGGACUCCUUCCUCUGCCCCAACGGCACCAUCUUCAACCAACAGUACCUCGUCUGCGACUGGUGGUUCAACUUCGACUGCGCUGACGCCGAAUCCUUCUACUCCGUCAACGAACAAAUCGGAGUUGUUCCUAAUGCCGGAUACGGUUAUGGACCUAGUGCUAAUGGAAAUGGAAAUGGCAAUGGCAACGGCAAUGGAAAUGGCAAUGGAUAUGGCUCCAACGGAAAUGGAAGAAAUGGCAAUGGAAGAAACGGCAAUGGCAGAAAUGGUAAUGGCAGAAAUGGCAAUGGAAGCAAUGGGUAUGGUGCCAACGGAAAUGGUGCCGCUGGUGCCGCUGCAGCUCCUGCCAAUGGCUACGGUGCCCCAGCCGCCCCAUCAGACAGCUACGGCGCUCCUUUCUAAAUGACGAGCACUCACACCCCUGUUCCAAUCCUCUGAAAUCUUAACCAGUCAUUUACAUUUCUGUUCACUCUAAACUUCCUUCUCCUAAAGCCAACUGUUCUCAUCUACAUUCAUACGAUAGUAAUUGUAAAUAUUUAUCUAUUCUCUUUCAAGUCACUAGUCUCCUUCAAUUGUACGAUUCUCUGUUGCAAGACAUUUACAUGACUUUACUUUUACUCUUUCUAGCUAGUUUUUCACUAGACAUGAGCCAUGUACAGUUCCUACUCUAGAUUCUUACCAUUCCCGUCUUUCAAAGAUUACAGAUGUUAUUCUUCAUUUUUCUAUUGUAUUCUGCCCUUCUGUUACCAGGGGAAAGUAACCAAUUCUUUUCCUCUCUCCUUCAACUGACUCAUACGCCCCUGCUAUCUUCCGUUUCUCAAAAUCCAUCGAUUUUAAAAUGUUAUUACUUGAAGUUUAGCAUCUCUUACUUUCACUUACAUCCCUGUCCAUUUUGUUGCUUGAAUAUGCUAGGCUACGUCACUUCUUCAACUAAGAACUUAAAACAACUAUACUUCGCCUGAACGUUUCUUCUUCUUUAAAGCCUGACCUUCUGCAAUGUCUACAACCCUUUCCCUGACCCUUUUCAUCAUCAUCUCUUCACUGCAGCGAAACGAACGAAGAAAGUACAAAACCAGUUGCAUGGUAGCAAUAAAUAAAUAUAUAUAGUAAAUGUUUAUUUUUUCAUAAUAAACGCGAGCAUGUUA